AUGGAGGAAGCGCUGCUCUCCACGCCCAUCAACCCCAAUAACUUCCCAGCCAAGCUGUGGCGGUUGGUGAACAGCCCGCGGUACCGCUCCAUCCGCUGGGACGGGCGCGGCGAGGGCCUGCUCAUCGACCAGCCGCUCUUCGAGGCAGAGCUGCUGAGCCCGCCGGGGGCUGGCGGUGGGGGUGGCGGCGGGGGCGGCGGGGGCGGCGGCGGGGCCGGAGGGGCCGAGCCCGAGCUCUUCAAAACCACCAACUUCACGAGCUUCAUCCGUCAGCUCAACCUCUACGGUUUCCGCAAGGUGGUGCUCGGGGGGCCUGGACCGGCGGGGCCCGGGCCGGGGCCUGGGGGGGGUGGGCCGGCGGGCGACGGGCCCCUGCACCACUUCCACAGCCCGCACUUCCGUCGGGAUCAGCCCCAGCUGCUGGUGCACCUCAAGCGCCUCACCAGCGCCAACAAGGCCAAGCUGGCGGCCGGCCUCGAGGUCUCCUGUCGCCCGCCCAACCGCUUCCAGAGGCUGCUGCUCACCUCGGCCUCGGCGUCGGCGUCGGCCUCCACCUCCCCGCUGCAGCACCAGGAGCCGCCGCCGCCGCCACCCCCGCCCUCGGGGGCCCGGCCUGAGCCUCAUGGACCAGUGGCCGUAGGACAGUUUCACCGGUCAUUCCGGCGAGAUAGUUUGUCUCCUUAUUCCUACGUAUCAACUUCAUCCCACAACCACAGCACUUUCCCGCUGAAAGGUUUAGAUCGGACCCCGAUCCCUCCUAGAACGUGGCAGAACUCCCUUGGGAUGCACCCAGGACAGGUGGAGACUUCCCCCACUUUCUCAGAUAAAGGGGUUCCAUUUCCUGUACUGCAGAGGUUUCCAACUGAGGUUACGUAUACCCUCCAGCCCAGCGCCACAUCUGUUCAUGUUCAGCAAGGGCCUCAAACAAUGGUCAGCUCCUCCCAGAAAUAUAGUAACUACACACCCUCAGCGCAGUACUCCCAAGCCUACUAUCCAACAGCUGUACUACAGUGCUGCUCCCCAUCUACCCACAUGGAUGCCCUAAGUAGCUGUGUCAGUCCCACUGCCUCUUCCUAUGCACACUGCAAUUAUUUCCAGAAUCCGCCAAUGCAGUCUUCCUAUCCGGUUGAAUUUCUACCAUCUAACUGGCCAUGUGCUGCUACUGAUGAAAAUAAGAAAACUGAAGUAAACUUGGAAGCUGUCUUUCAAAUUGUAGAUGAGCUGCAUUCAUCCCCUAAACUGGAGAUGGUAAAGGUAGAGCCUGUAGAAAACCAGGGGCCAACUUCCCAGUCUAACAGGGGUCAACAUAUUCUGGCAAAUCCAAGCAAUAGCAAUGCAUCUUCCACGAGUCAGACUAGCCAGCUGGAGCCGCUUACUCCAGUAGGUUCAGAUAUUACAUCAUUUGUGGUUGGAACAGAACAAGCAAUUACCUGCUCUCUGCCACAGUCACCUGAAUAUAUCUAUACCAUCCACACUGCUCAGCCUGUUGAAAAUACCACUGCAAUAACAGUUCAGGAACCUGCAGGAGCCAUCCAGCAAGCUCAUGUAAAACUGAAGGAACAGCUGAGUCAUAAUCCAUCUCCAUCAUCAGUAGUAUUUGUACAGGAGGGGCUACCAUUCAGUGCACAUCAGGUGGAUGCCAGUAUAAAGUGCCAGACCAAUCCACCUGAGAAUAUCCUGCCUUCAGAGCAGAUGGGAUUCCUUAUUUCAGAUAUGGGGCCAGCCAGCAAACCUAGUAAAGAUACAGGUUCAUCCACCCCAGCCAGAUACAGAGAGCGAAGAAGCAGCUCACAGCAGGGAAAGUCCCCUGAUCUCCAUCUGCUGGUGGAUGUGGCUUGCAAGCAGGAGCACUUUCCAAAGGAGGAAGAAUUAAAAGAGUGA